ACUUCCAAGCAAGCAACUUCAUCCCUUUUCCCCCCUUUUUAGUUUCUUGAUUUCUGUGUUGUGUGUUCUUGCUUGUUAACUUGAGAUCCAUUUCAAAUGGGGGUUUCCCAAAUCAAUUCCCCACUUCCCCUUUCUUCAUCUUUACCCAUAAUUUCCACCACGAGCUUCGAGGAUGACGAUGAAAUCUAUCGCUACAAUGAAGAACCUGAUCUGAAAUUCAACAACUUCAUUCACAAAAUGGUUUGGGAUUUAGGGUUUGCUUGCUUUUUCCCAGCAAUCAGUAGGAAGAAAGAUGAGAGAAAGAAGAAAAUGGGAAACAAUUUGGAGAACAACAAGGCGUGGCUUCUUGCGGAAUCUGGUGGGUGUGUUGCAGAAUUGGCGAAUGCUGAACCACACUCGGUUCAUUCGUCUUUUAGAUUCAGUCUCUGCUCACAAGUUGAGCUUGAAUCCAUGAGUGUUAAUUCUUCAUCUGCAACCGUCUUAAUGGUGAAUUUGGAUAAUGGCUUGAUUGAACCAAGGUCUCAAGAACUCAAAUGGAGAAGAAUCGAGUCUUUAGAGAGGAGUAUAUCUCCUGUAGCCCAUACUCUACUUAGAUUCAGCUAUGCUGAAAUCCUUUCUGCAACUCGCAAUUUCUCCAAAGGGAGGGUUUUGGGGAGAGGAGCAUUAAGCUAUGUGUUUAAGGGAAGAGUUGGGAUUUUGAGGACUACUGUGGCCAUCAAAAGGUUGGAUAAGGAAGACAAGGAAGCUCCAAAGGCUUUUUGUAGGGAACUGAUGAUAGCAAGUUCUCUUCAUAACCCAUUCAUCGUUCCACUCGUGGGGUUCUGUAUCGAUCCAGAAGAGGGUUUGUUCUUGGUUUACAAGUAUGUUUCAGGUGGAAGCUUAGAACGGUAUCUUCGUGAAACAAGAAAUGGUAGAAAUGGCGGAUCAAAACUUCCGUGGUCGGUAAGGUAUAAGGUUGCCACAGGUGUUGCUGAGGCUGUAAGGUACUUGCAUAAUGGAACCGAAAGAUGUGUGGUUCAUAGAGAUAUUAAGCCUUCAAACAUCCUUCUUUCUUCAAGAAAAUCGCCUAAGCUAUGUGACUUUGGAUUAGCUACAUGGACUUCUGCUCCUUCGGUUCCUUUUCUGUGCAAAACCGUGAAGGGGACAUUCGGGUAUUUGGCUCCGGAAUAUUUCCAACACGGGAAAGUAUCCGAUAAAACCGAUGUUUAUGCAUUUGGGGUGGUUCUUUUGGAGUUGAUAACAGGCCGCAGGCCGAUCGAAUCAAAAAGAGGAGCCGGAGAAGAGAACUUGGUUUUGUGGGCGAAGCCGUUAUUACAGCAAGGAUCCAUAGAGAAACUACUCGAUCCCCGGAUCAAAUUCACCGAACGAAACUUAGACCAGAUAUCCCGGAUGAUACAAGCCGCAGACGCCUGUAUAAACAACGAAGAAUCAAAACGACCAAAUAUUGACUUAAUUAUUUCGAUCUUGAACGGAGCCGAACCAAAUCCACCAAUCCGGCCAAAGCCCAACGCUAAUUUAUCUUCUAACAACUACGUUACCGAUUGCUACCCUCCGAUUUGGCAAACGAAGAACGAAAUGAAGUCUCAUUUAGCUUUGGCAAUGCUCGGAGUUUCGGAGUUGGAAGACGAUCACGAUCAUCUGUACGGCCGUUGACCGACGUUUUAGAAUGAAAAAAGAACAUCCAUUUUGAAGCUAUAAAUUUGUUUAAAUAUAGCAAGAGUACAGAAAUUGAAGAUUCAAAAGCGUGAUCGAGAGUUUGUAUAUAGAUCAUGGAGUUGAAUCAUUAUGGUAAAAAACUAAUCAAAUUGUUCCGAAUAUCCACGGUUAAAAUAUAAUGUUGGUAAGCGUUUUAAACCU